UUACUUCACGAAACACGAAACGUGCAAGUCAGCCAGAUCUCCAGCUGUGUGUGUUCGUUUGUGUGCCACCCUUGACCUGACUGGACUGACGCCAUGUUUUGGACGCUCCUCCUGGCUUUGAUCCUACUGCUGUUGCUCCAGGCACAGCUGCUUGUUUGUCUGCAUGAACUCCGAGCCUCUCUGACCUCAGUGACUUCAGCGACCCCUUCUGGAAGUUCCAAUGCCUCAGCUUUGCAACGUCUGCCAGGAGCCAUAAUCAUCGGGGUGCGCAAAGGAGGCACCAGGGCUCUGCUGGAGAUGCUCAACCUCCAUCCAGAUGUGGAGGUAGCCAAGAACGAGAUCCACUACUUCAACCUGGAUGAACAUUUUCGGAAGGGUCUGGAUUGGUAUCGUGCCCAGAUGCCCAUCACUCUCCCUGGGCAGCUGACGGUGGAAAAGACCCCUGGCUACUUCACGGCACCACUGGCCCCAAAGAGGAUAUGGGCCACGAAUCCAGCUGUGAAACUGCUGCUGAUCAUUCGUGACCCUGCAGAGAGACUUGUAUCAGACUACACACAAGUUCUCCACAACCGAAUUCAGCAAAACAAGCCAUAUCAGCCACUUGAAGAGCUGCUAUUAUCACAAGAACACAUCAACCCCAAAUACAAAGCUCUUCAGAGGAGCUUUUACUACCAGCACCUUGCCAGAUGGUUGGAGCUUUUUCCCAGAGAGCAGAUGCACAUUGUGGAUGGAGAGGCACUGAUUCAGAAUCCGUUUCCUGAGCUGCAGAAGGCGGAGACGUUUUUGGAACUUCCACCUCGGAUAAAGCCGGAUAAUUUCUACUUUAACGUCACUAAGGGCUUUUAUUGUAUGCUGUCUGCGGGACACGACAAGUGCCUGGAUGAGUCUAAAGGAAGACCACAUGCACCACUUAGCAGCGAGGCUUUCCAGAAGCUUUGUCGUUACCUGCGAGUUCCCAAUCAAAUCUUUUUCAGAAUGGUGGGACAGAGGUUUGACUGGUGCUAAAGACAGCCGAAAAAUGAUUGACAGCUCUUACAGAGACUGAGAAUGGGAUUUAAACUACUAUUGAAAACCCAUUUUGUGAAAAUGUUCUGAGAUUGUCAAAGGAAUGUGGUUAAAAAUGACAGCAACGGGUCAAGCAAAGAGACCAGAGCC